CUCCCGCGUCCGUUCUGCGGCGCAGGCACAGACCGCGGUCUGUAUACACGCGCGCGUAACGCACGCACACACGGUGCCGCGGACCACCCAUAUACACGCGGCCGUCGCCGCGCGUACCAUAUACACACCGCCCUGAAUCCGGACGGGGACUUUAGCACACCAACACCUCCGUGGGAGGUGUGGGGGUGAGCCCCCAGAGUAGGUGUCAAUCCUAGCGCUGCUCAGUGACCAUCGCGGCGCCACCCAAGUAACACCUUUCGUCCGAAAGGCUCUUCUUCUUCAGCCCCGACCGAACGUCCUCGUCUCGUCGUCGAGAGAAGGAUAAAUCCGCGCGUCGAUCCUCCUGUUUAUUUGUCAUCGUCGUCGAAUCGUCCACUUUUGCGCUACCUCGUGUCGCCGAUCACGCGUGAGAGACCGGCGUGUGACGAACAUUUCCCUACGUUCAACUGGACUGUCCUCUGUCGCUCUACUCUGUCAAGACUGGGGAUCUUUUAUCGUCCGUCGGACGAUCAAACGAGUGUCCGAGUGUCGCGUUUUGAAGCAUUCGAGAGAAAAACGAACAAGAGGAAAAGACGGCGGCGAAAGAUUUUGCGAACGAGUCGGUGACAAGUAAGUGAUUAGUGAGAACGACGGAUUUGCCUACAACAACUAUGGCCUAGAGUGACUCGCGGCUAGUGUCUCGACAUGGGAGUGACUCUUAUACUGAAGAUCUAUCACGCGGCGUCGUCCCCGUAGACGUCCGCUCGCGAGUGUUCCAGCUCGUCGACGAUUCCGAGUGUCAGUGUACCUCUCGUCGGGCUCGGCCCGAUUAGAUUAGGUGCUUCGAAAACGGACGAUAGUCUCUCGCGAGUGAUAGUCCGAUCGAAUGUACUCGGUGCCACUUGGUGAAAGAUCGCUGAAACGUCGGACAUUCCUGCCGGCAGGAUCGAGGGUCCGCAUCGUAAGAUGUCGACUAGGCAAUUUCCAUCGUCAUUCUGCAGUAGCGAGACGAUCGUCGGCGAUUUCCUACGCGGGCCGGAAAUUGGCGCGAAAAUACGUGGGCGUCCCGCCGAGGAACGUGAUCCAUAGUGAUCUUGAAGGCGCGUUGCUUCUCUCUCGUGGGAACGCGUGGAUAUGUGGAGGAACGAGCGCAAUCGUUUUCAUUGACCUAACCUAAGCAGAUAGAUUCGCGCGAGGAAGAGUGAACGCAGUCGGAGCGUCGAGCGUCGAGCGUCCGUCCGACGGCUCGUGAACGACUCCCGCGUGCGGAAUUCGGGUCGUAGAAAUUCGGGUAGGAGGCGAGCAAAAUCCCCAGAGCGGCGCGGCGCAAGGUUUGAGUCACUCGAAGAGGAAUCUCGCGCGACUCGGCACACCCGCCCGUCUCGAUGAGAUUCGAACAAGACACGGCGUGCAGGGGUACCCACUGCGCCAGCACUCCGCAACCCUCCGCGCUGCAGCAGCGAUCACGGCCCGAGGAGGUGGUGGUGGAGGAGGAGGAGGACUCCUCCGCGAAGGACGUCGACGGUCAACGACGUAGACUUGGCAUAGAAUUGGAGGCUAACGUGGUCGAGGGUGCGAAUACGGGGCCGCGGGCCGAGGCCGGGGGGCCUGGGAUGGCGUAUCCCGCGUCAGCGACGGCUCUGAAUCAACAUUCGACCUUCGCUAACUCGAUCGCCGGCGGCACGCCGCCCGCCAGCAACCCGAACGGCCACAUCACCGGACCCCCACCCGCACCGGCGGCACCCCGACCGACCGGCCUUAGCGGCCUCUCUUACUUCAGCGCUGCCGCCCUGGCGGCAGCGAGUUUCUACGGUCCGGCACAUCUGCCGCCCACCAGUUCGCCGGGACCAACCGCAGCGGCGGCGCAUCAUCUUCAGGCCAAGGGGAUACUCGCCGGCGCGCAUCAUCAUCCGCACCUCAACCCCCACGGUAUUACGCCACCAGGCCUAGGUCUGGGCCCGCAUACGCCGGAAGAAGUUCUAGCGGCGGCCGCAGCAGCGUUACAUCACCAUCAUCAAGGUCCCGGCGGUCCUACGAUGAGGCCUCUGAGGCCGCCGCUACCGCCGGGGAUGCUCCAUACAUCACCGCAUCCUUUGGCCACGCAUCAUCCCCUCACGGCGCCACAUCAUCCCCUCGUACCCCCUCAUCAUCCGGAAGAGGACGGUGUCGUCGAUGACCCCAAAGUCACGCUCGAGGGCAAAGAGCUCUGGGAGAAAUUUCAUAAGCUCGGAACAGAAAUGGUCAUCACGAAGAGUGGCCGGCAAAUGUUUCCUCAGAUGAAGUUUCGAGUUUCCGGUCUGGAUGCCAAGGCCAAGUACAUCCUUCUACUGGACAUUGUCGCCGCCGAUGACUACAGAUACAAGUUCCACAACAGUAGGUGGAUGGUAGCGGGUAAGGCGGACCCGGAAAUGCCGAAGAGGAUGUACAUACAUCCGGACUCGCCCAGCAGCGGCGAACAGUGGAUGCAGAAGGUCGUGAGCUUCCACAAACUCAAGCUCACCAACAACAUCAGCGACAAGCACGGCUUUGUAAGUACUACGAUACUGAACUCGAUGCACAAGUAUCAGCCGAGGUUUCACCUCGUGCGAGCCAAUGAUAUCCUGAAACUUCCGUAUUCGACAUUCAGGAGUUAUGUUUUUAAGGAGACGGAAUUCAUUGCCGUGACGGCCUAUCAAAAUGAAAAGAUUACCCAACUGAAGAUCGAUAACAACCCCUUUGCGAAAGGAUUUCGAGAUACUGGUGCGGGGAAGCGCGAGAAAAAAAGGCAGGCGCUAUUGACAGUAUCGGGCGGCGGUUCCCGUUUGACAGCGGGUGGACCAGCAUCUCCGGACAAGCGGCGUUCGUCCAAUUCCGCCACCGACCUCAUGGACGACGAGGACAAGCUGCUGGAUGUGGUUGGACCCGAUACCCCGCACCCAGCCCAUCACCACCGGGAACGAGAACACUCUCGCGAGAGAGACGAUCGAACGAGCGAACGAGGCGAGGGCAGCGAAUCGUCCGGGUCUGAGAGCGGUGGCGGGCCAGGCCCAACGGGCUCUGAAGGUCCACGGCCGGAUGUCUCGGUCGGACCACCGCUUCAUCCGCCUCUUUUGCCGUAUCUGUACCCGCCAGUGCCCGGACUCUAUCCCGGUCCCGGUCCCCUGAUACCACCCACUCCUCUUGGACUCCACGGCGGUGUCACCCCCGGUAUGCUGUUUAACGCCCAGCUGGCCUUGGCGGCCCAGCAUCCCCUCUUUGCACACUAUCCUCAUCCCCUGGCGAGUCCCCUGCAUCAGCUCAAGGGACACAGAUUCGCGCCCUAUACACUCCCGGCGCCCUCGCAUGGCUAGGCAUUCGAGACCGUGAACCCGCCGCCAACCGAUUCGCCGACACCCACUGGUGGCGGUGCCCUCAUCUCGACGACGCCCAGCUCCGCCGGUGAGCUCAAAUCCAUCGAGAACAUGGUGAAUGGCUUGCAGGAGAAGAGAAGGAGAAGUCCGAGUCUGACGCCCGGACAUCGGGGCGACGACGCUGGCGGAGGGAGUCCGUGACAGGAGAACGAACCUGUGAGCAGCACCAAGGACGAUGACCCUGAUGAAGAUGAGAACGAGGAUUGCGCCGACGAAUCCGGCGGCGACCCGGAGGACCUUUCCGCCGACGAGAGGGAGCCGGACUCCACGUCGGAGCCGUCGUAGCGGCGGGAACGUUCGCUUGUCGGCAUUCGGUUCUCCCUCUCUCUUCCUCGUCCUAUUCGGGGGUCCUGGCCGUACCAGAUGAGUGUGAGGAAGGCCAGACUCUUAUACUACAAAGUGCAAUUUUAUUUCCGGAGUGGCGCCGCGACUCGAAAAGUCGUUUUCGCGAGCGAGUGCGGCGCCCUUCGUGCUUUCGGGACUGAACAAGGAGUCCCGCGUGUUUCCUGUAUCUGUAAAUAAACCUACGUGAGAGUAUGAUAUCGCGCGCGCAUUAGGAGUGUGUGGGAUCUCUGUUAGGACCGCGAGGCGGAAUGCGUUGGACUCUCGAUGAAUGCUGCGCCGAUCGCGCGUUGAUGUAAAUUAGGUGAGACGCGAGAAUGAAUGCGAUGAGGAAAAAAUGAAUGUGUGUAUGUGUGUAUGAGAGAGAGAACGAAAAAAAGGGUAAGAGUCUACGAGCGCGUACCUGUGUCCCGUGUGAGUCUACGUUCUACCUGUGUACGUUAAGUCUUAAAGGAACAGAGAACGAUAUUGCAAUAUAAGAGCACCUCCUACUAUUUGCAGCCCCUGUACAUAUGUA